AUUUUUGUUCUCAUUUGAGGUUAUUAUUGCUUAUAAACCUAGAUAUGUAAAUAAUAAAUUUUAUUAUUUUACAAAAAGUUUGGCAACAAUGUAAAUUUUUCAACACACCCACCUUGAUGACGUGCACGCCACUUUGUUUGGCGUUGACUAUAUAUGUGAAGUAA